AUGUCUACAUACACAUCAAGGACACCGAGUAGUACCUCGACCUUGAAGCACCCGGAGGGAACCCACAAACAAGAGCCAGACCUUGAGGAGACAUAUAGGAAUCCAACCAGAGAACAUAUUCCAAGUCACAUCGAUACAGAUCCUCUGGACCUGCCUUACCGUACACUCACCGAAGACGCCGAUAUGGCUGAAUACACGACCGAAACUGCCACUGGCACCCUAGCCCGGAAGGUGACAUCCAGAAAGACGGGCAAGACCGAAGACUACGAGCUUGUCACUUUCACGCCAGGUCCGAUGGCCUUCGCACCCUUCAGUGAGACAUGGGGACGUCGUCCUGUAUAUGCUAGCACUUUGUUGAUUGCUCUCAUCUUCAUCAUCCCCUGUGCUGUCGCCAAGAACAUCGGAACCUUGCUUGUCUGCCGCCUCAUCGAUGGUAUCGCUUUCUCGGCCCCCAUGGUCCUGGUCGGUGGAACACUUGCCGAUCUCUGGAAAGCCGACGAGCGAGGUGUCCCAAUGGCUGCCUUCAGCGCCGCACCGUUCGUCGGACCAGCCAUUGGACCACUGGUUGGUGGCUUCACUUCUGAUCACCUCGGCUGGCGAUGGUUGUACUGGUUGCAGCUCAUCUUGUCCGGGUUCGUCUACAUCCUGAUCGUCUUCACCGUGCCAGAGACAUACGCACCUAUCAUCCUGGCGAAACGCGCAAAGAAGCUGAGAAAAGAGACGGGCGACAGCAGAUAUGUCAGCGAGUCGGAUCUCGACACCCGUCCCAUCGGUGAACGAAUGCGCGUCUUCAUUCUUCGACCUUUCCAGCUUUUAUUCUGCGAACUCAUCGUCUUCCUCAUUUCACUCUACAUGAGUGUCUUGUAUGGAAUCCUUUACAUGUUCUUCGUAGCAUUCGUCGUUGUGUAUCAAGAAGGAAAAGGAUAUUCGGUCAGUACCACUGGUUUAAUGUUCAUUCCUCUGGCGAUUGGUGUGGUUGCAAGUGCGUUCCUAGCACCUCUUAUCAACAAGGACUAUGCAAGAAGAUCGAUAAAGUUCCAGGGCAAGCCGCCGGCAGAACAGCGUCUAAUCCCGAUGAUGUGCAGUUGUUGGUUCAUUGCAAUCGGCAUGUUCAUCUUCGCAUGGACGUCAUAUCCUCACCUUCAUUGGAUGGGACCUGCGAUGGGUGGCUUCUGCAUCGGUUUCGGCUUUAUUCCUUGUUACAACAGCGCCAACAACUACCUCGUCGAUACGUACCAGCAUUCUGCUGCUUCUGCUCUUGCAGCAAAGACGUUCAUCCGAAGCUUUUGGGGCGCUGGCGUUGUGCUGUUCACGGAACAGAUGUUCCACAGGCUCGGUUAUCAAUGGGCUGGAACUCUGAUGGCUUUCAUCGCUCUCGCUUGCUGUGCGAUUCCGUAUGGCUUCUACUUCUUCGGUGAACGCAUCAGAAGAUUCUCCAAGUAUGCGUACGCUGGGGACGAUGAGGAGAAUGCUGCUGUUUCAUCGAAAGAAACAGAGGCGCAUUAG